GUUAAUAGAAAUAUAAAAAAUGAUCGUGCACUUCAGCCAUCACUUUUAAAAUUAAAUAUGUUAUAAAGAGCAGAAUAAAAAUCUUCUGCAGGGGUUGAAAGACUCUUAAAGUUACAGUAAAACGUGACUAAUCAGGCUUUCCAGUUACAUUUCUUUGCAAGCUCUUACCUUUGUGCCAAGUUGAAGAUGGAGUGAAAUGAAAAGGUAAAUUACUGGUUGAAUUACCUGCUCAUCGUUUCAUCAGCCCCAGUCAGGUGUGGCCGGAUGGGUCACGGCUCCUUCUGGCCACCUUUGCCUCACCGGACCACAGAUCUGCCAUCGACUGAUCCCAACCAGACAUCAGCAUUUACCUUUGCUGUGCGGCUGAUGUUCAGCAGAAGAGCCACGCGCGCAGUGACGUCACCACGCCCCCUUCUAAUCAGGCUCACCUGCUGAGACGUAAAAAAAACUCGCAACAGGAAGAAUACCUGUCAGAUCCAUCUGAACCCGUCAGUCCCGCUUGUCUGAUCGAACCGAGGCCGGUACACGUCUUCUUCUUUGUUUGGACCUCAUCUCCUCUUCCAUCAUGAGAGCGGUGUCGCUCAGGCGCCCGCUCGUCGCCGCGGGCUGUGUGGGACUCUGCUUCUACGUGGGAAUGUUUCUGAGGAACGGCCAUGUCCACAGAGACCGGGACCGGGACCGGGAGCUGGACUCACACCGGUCCAUCAGGAGCUUCUCGGAUCUGGAGGCCAGCCUGAGCAAUCUCACCAAGGCCCUCCUAUCUUUUGAGCAAAAACAGGAUGUUAUGCAGAGAAUCCUGGAGGAGGAGAGAAACACUCAGAGAAAAGUGGCAGAGGUGCUGCAGCAGGCGCUUCAAGUAGGGGUCGGGCUGGAAAAGCAACACGAGGAAAAGGUCCAGGCUAGAAGGGAAGAUGUCGGCAAAGUGUUCCCUGAUUCUCCACUGUUCAAGGAAUGGGGAGGGAGUCUGUCUGAGGAUGAGCAAAGGGAGGCUCAAGCUCUGUUUGACAAGUAUGGGUACAAUGUUUUCCUCAGCGACCGCCUUCCUCUGAACAGACCUCUUCCAGAAACAAGAGACCCCAGGUGUUUAAAGAGGACUUAUCCAAAGGACCUCCCAACCGUGGGAGUGGUGCUGAUCUACCUGAAUGAAGCUCUAUCCAUCAUCAAACGAGCCAUGCGAAGCAUCAUUGACCGCACGCCUAAGAACCUGCUGAAGGAGAUAAUAAUGGUGGAUGACAACAGCUCUAAUGAAAAUCUGAAGGGUGACCUGGACAUGUAUGUGAAGUCACUACAGGAGGAGAACCCAGGUCUCCGCAUUGCAAGAGUGAGGCACACUGAGCAGAGAGGUCUCGCGUACGCCAGAGCUUCUGGGUGGCGGGCUGCGACCGCUGAUGUGGUGGCCAUCUUGGAUGCACACAUUGAAGUCCACGAAAUGUGGGCAGAACCGCUGCUGACGCAGAUCAAAGGGGACCGGACCGUGGUGACUUCUCCCGUCUUCGACAGAGUCAACUUUGAUGAUCUGAAGGUUAUCCCAUACCUCUCAGCAGCACACGCCUUUGACUGGGCUCUGUGGUGCAUGUACGAGGGCUUUUCUCCUGACUAUUACAAGCUCAACGACAGCUCAUUACCUGGAAAGAGUCCGUCUGUCAUGGGAAUCCUGGUGGCUGAUAGGAAGUAUCUUGGAGAGGUUGGACUCCUCGAUGAAGGGAUGAAAGUUUAUGGUGGAGAAAAUGUAGAACUUGGGAUUCGUGUGUGGACAUGUGGAGGCAGCAUUGAAGUAGUGCCGUGUUCCAAGAUUGCCCACAUUGAGAGGUUCCACAAGCCCUACCUGCCUGACCUCAGCCCUGCGAUGAGGAGAAAUGCCCUAAGGGUUGCUGAGGUCUGGAUGGAUGAAUACAAACACAACGUCAACUUGGCCUGGAACUUACCAUUUGAGAAUCACGGCAUCGACAUUGGAGAUGUCUCGGAGAGAAAGAAGAUCAGAGAAAAGCUGAACUGUAAGCCUUUUAAAUGGUAUCUGGACAACGUGUAUCCUAAGCUGGAUCCCUGGGACAACCUGCUGGCUUAUGGAGGAAUGAAAAAUCUUGAUGCUGAUUUGUGCAUAGACCAAGGUCCGGUACCAGGCCACACGCCCAUUUCCUUCCACUGCUACUAUUAUGGACCACAGAUGGUAUAUUACCGUACGACUGGUGAGCUCUAUGUCGGUGGCAUCAAGUCCCACAAAUACAACGACAACCGAUGUUUAACCGACGCAGGACAGAAAAACACCGAGCCGGGUUUGUACAACUGCAAAGAGGCCAUGCAGAAGGGAAUGGGCAUCUACUGGGAUUUAAUUCAGGGCAAAGAACUGAAGAACAGGCAGACAAAAAGAUGUCUGGAGAUCAUAAAAGGCGUACUUCUAAUACAAGAAUGCACCGGCCAAAGAUGGACAAUCCAAAACAUAAUCAAAGAGCUGAAGUGAGAACGUUAAAACAACAAGAAGUGCUCUUCGCUGGCUCUCAGUGGUUAAUCGUAGCUGUUUGGACAAAAGGUGUCAGUAAAAGUAUAAAAAGAAAUGAAGGCGUGGUGGUUGUGGUUGCAAGUGAUUGUUUUAUUUAUUGAGUUUGUUUUAAAAGAGUGAAGAUUUUUGUUUAAUGGAAGAAAACAAACGUGAACUUUAAACCUUCCAGAUACGUUUAUAAUGGAGGAAUUUGCCAGGAUUUGUUUUUGCCUUUUUUAUUAAUAAACUUUUUACUGAUAAUACCGAGUUGAGAAGUACCUACUGGGUGGCGCGUGGGCCUUUUCUAGCGGUGAGGGUUCCCGCCCCUGGUGCUGCUUUAACUACGCCACACACGUCUCUCAGCGUGUUUCCUACAAUGGUCAGUUUAAUGUUUUACUUUUACAGUUUAACGUUUACCCUGCACCGGGUUUUGGUCACAAGUGAAUCGGUAAUAAAAGAUUAAGCUAUAAUUAUUGUGACUGCUGUGUAGCAUCCCAGUGCCUUUGGUUCAUUAUUUACUGUAGGCUGUAAAAAGGUCCGCUUUGUGCAACGCCUGAUUACAAAUCAUGAUGACGCCCUUUCUUGUGUUUAAGAAAAUAAACCUGUUUUUUCUAACUGAAA